UCAAUUGACCACUUGGAUGUUUACUUUAUUACAGUAAACAUUCAAUUCUAUUUAAAGAAUUUCCAUUCACAAUUUGGAUCUUUUAUUUCUCACUGAAAGUUAAUGUUAUACUUCUCUAUGUCAACAAUCAUAUUUUUCUCUUCCUGUUUAAACCAAAUUCAUUUUCUCGGAGGAACAGGUUUCUUAAUUUGAAACCAAUCUGAAACAGGAAGUGGAAGGAUUCGCCAUCAAUUCCUCAACUGCAUUUUUCUUUUUGAAGGAUCCCUCGAUGUGCUUCUUGUGAUCAGUUAACCAAACGGGUUCCUGCAUGAUGUCCAUCGAUGUGUGAAGUCAGCGCCGGUUUCUGCUCCUCUUCCUACUUUAAACUUCUCUUCUUCUGUGGUGUGUGUUUAGAACUGUGUAUGUUUAAUCCCCCCCGCUGACCAAUCGGCUUGCAGCUCGUUAAGCGGAUCAGACGUAGGGGGGCCAGACAAAACAUCAAAUUACUUGUGUCCCCGGCUCUGGUCCAUCGGUAAAGACCUGUCUCUGGACCCGGUCUGAGCACAUUCCUGGUCUGGACCUGUUCUUAAAGUCCUUCUUCAUCCACUUGGGCUCUGUCCCUCAACCUAGUACCGGUCCUGUACUGGUCCUGGCUCUGUCAUGGACCCGGUUUGGUCCUCUCCUCGUUAAUGGCCCCAGUCUAGUCCUGUACUGGUCUGGUCCUGGCCCUCUCGUGGACCCGGUUUGGUUCUGGUCUGAUCCUGGUCUUGUGUGGCGGCAGGUAUUGAUCGUUCAUGUUUCCCCCGGCAGACAUGGAGAUCUUUAAUCUGUUAAUCUGAGCUAUGGGGGUCCAGAUUAGACCAAUGACCUCUCCAUGAAUCCUCAUCCUGCCUCCCAGACAAAAUCCUUCAGGUAGAAAACUGAUCCAGAUUCCCUGCAAGACCUUUUGAAAACCUUGUCUCAAAGAACCGUUUCUUGAUGGUCAACUUUAGGCCACUGGAGAACAAACGGUUAUUUAGAUUUCCUUUGAUCUGCAGUUAAUCUUGUUAACCAAUCAGAGCCAUUGUUGAAAGCCAGAGUCCGAUCCAGGAGACUUUUACAAAGGGCCAGUCUGCUUUAUUUUAAUCAUGUAAAGAUCAAAUGGAGACACGUUGUCUUUAAAGCUGCUAAAUGAGAAAGAUUCAUUCAUCCAUCUGAACUGGUCCAAUCGGAACUAACUGGUUUGGAGAAAACAAGGCAGCAUGGUAACCUUUGACCUUGUCAUUCAGAAUGUGACCUUGAAGGGUGCUCAGGUAAUCCAGAUCAGUGAGGACCACCUGGCCACCUCAGAGGCUUCUCACGUUUCACUCUGUGGCCACUCAGCGGCUCACAGACAUCAGAGCAUUAUUCGGGACUCCUCAGGGUUUCUAAGGUGGGUCGUGGUUCUGCACCUGAAGUAAGGGUUUCUAAGGUGGGUCGUGGUUCUGCACCUGAAGUAAGGGUUUCUAAGGUGGGUCGUGGUUCUGCACCUGAAGUAAUGUGCCACUGCCGAGUGGUAAUUUACCUUUGAUCCAGACUGCUGUCUGAAGCCCUUUGGUUUAACUUCCUUAAAGCGACAGGACUCUGACGCUUAUCCAGUCCAGUAGAUUAACAAAUGGGAUUAGAGCAAAGAGAAGGAGGUCCCAUCUGUUCAGAGAGCAGCGAGGAGACGUUGGGUCCUCCUCACACGUCUCACUGGACCUCUGGAGAGACCUCUCCGGGAGCUGGGAAGCCAAAGAGUCCCAAGAGCGAAGGUGUUGAGGAGGAGAAAAGCUGAGGAGCAAAAGAGUGGAGGACCUGAGAAGCCAAGGAGUGAAGGACACGAGGAGCUGAGGAGCUGAGGAGCUAAGAAACAAAGACAAAGAAGAGUCCUGCUGGAGGUUCACGUCUUCUGAGAAAUGGAAGGGCGGUUGUUGCUGUGGAUUCUGGGAGCUGUUCUUCUGUCAGGAGCUGUCCACCUGGAGUCAGAUAUGGACCCUGAGGAAUCUCAACUGUUGGAUCCUGAAGAGCCUGGGUCUCAUCUUCUGGAUUCGUCCUUGGUUCCCAAUCAGCUUCUCGACAGACGAGCUUUAAUUCGCAGGAGAAGAAACAUUUUGUUUCCCAGUGGAGUCAAGCUUUGUUCUCAGGAGACGUUCCAGCAGGCCGUCAACAACCAUCUCAAGUACUUCCAGCUCAGAGUGUGUCAGGAGAUGGUGUGGGAGGCCUUCAAGGUUUUCUGGGACCGCCUUCCGGAGCGGGUGGAGUAUCAGAACUGGGUCGGUCGCUGCGUCCACGAGUCCGUCAGCGCCAAGGAGAUUGGACGCUUCUUCAGCCAAUCAGAGGAGCAUGUUCGCCUGGUUAGGAUUAGGGUUGCCAUGGCGACGUCGAUAAACAGUGUGAACACCACCUCAAGGCCUCCACCAUGCAGCUCUGAGACGGCGAGGACGUCAGUGGCUGGAAGUCCUCAAGGCGACCCUGAUGUCAUCGUCGCACCGGACACGGUCACAACAAACAAAGACAAUCUUCCACAGGGCCUGGAGUUCACCGAUCAGAUCCCUUUAGAAGAAGCACAUGUUGGGGACAUCGCAGAAGAACCGGUAGAUGAAGAUCAAACUGUGAGAGAAGAGGAAGUUGAGAUCUUUGCUGAAAAUGUGGAUGCAUCUGAUUCUGAGGUUGGACCAGAAGGUGAGGAGCCUCCAUUAGAGGUUGAAGAGGUCCUCACAGAAGAUACUAUUGUGGUUGUUGCUGAGCCCAAUGCAUUGAACUCGGGGCCUGAAGAAUCUGUAGCCUCAUCUGAAACCCAAAGAACUUUCCAGGUCGUUGAGGUUAUUCCAGAGUCUCAGACAGAGUCUUCAGAUCCACCAGAACCAACCGGUUUAGAUCCUCUAGAGGUAGAUGUUCUCGAAGUAUCUGAAGCUAACUUAUCAAAAAUUAUAGAAGAAAGCCAAGAUGCUGAGGUUCCUUCUGAGGCUUCGGUUCUGACCACAACAAACAAGAUCCUAGGAGAAGUUAGUGAAGACCUCGGCCACAAACCAACUCUAAUGGAUGAGGUCACCUCUGAACCUGUGCUCCUGAAUCAGGCCAAGGAUGAGGACGCCUCUUACAUCACAGAGGAGGUACCUCUGCAAACUUCGGUGGACGCGGCAGAGGAAGAAAUUAUAGUAGAGGCAGAAGAAGAACAAGUGAAGCAUGACAAAGCCUUGGUUGUUAUUGAAGAUGAGAUGUUGGAGUCCAUUGAGGUAAAACCAACAGAUGUAACACAGCUAAAGGACACUGAAAGGGCAGAAGACCGAGACGUUACCAGAGAAGAUGUAUUAGAAUCUGCGGGUCGCUUCGCAGCAGAAGGGGAACCAGGCGAAGAUAGGAUGGAGACAUCAACCACUGAAGCACCGGCAAAAAGAGGAACAACUGAAGCUGCAGGUACCCUUCAGGCACCUUUAAAACGUGGUGAUGAUCAAGAAGCAAAUCUAACAGAACGAGAACUACAACCUGUUACAGAAAUUGUACAAAAAGUUGAACCAACUGGACAUGCUGCAAAAAAAGCAGAACCCUCAAGAGAACCCGUACAAGAAGCAACACUUGUGGAAAGAAUUACAGAAGAGAAGAAACCCGCAGAACCUGACAUUGUGUCCGAUGAAGAUGAAACCGAAGAAGCAGCCGGAGGUGAACCUUUGGAGGUUUCAGAACAAAUAACAUCUGAGACCUCGUUGGAGAUAUUAGAGAAAGUUGCUGAAACCACCAGAGAUAAUACAAUGCAAGUGGCUGAGUCUGCAAGUGAAGGUCUAGAGUCCUCCUCUUUCCCAGAGGGCCUAAGUGAAACAUCUCCAAAAGAUGUGACUGGUGAGCAUCCAGGGAUCCUUACCACUGAGGGGGGAGUGACUGAAGAGGUUCCAUAUGAGCUUCCUCACGUGCCUUUCCUGGAGGAGGAGGCCCCUAGAGAAGCCAGUGUUGAGGGUAUCUCCCCAGAUGUGACGGAGGCUCCAGUAGAUACCAUGGAGGUGACCACCAAGUACGUCAUUGAAUACAACAAUGGCAACUUCCCAGACCUGACCGCGUGGCCUCGUGACGUAGAGGAGGACCAAACCUCGGAGAACGCAAUAGGUAACGAGAUCGAAGCGGAGCCGUGGCCCCCGAGGCCCCUGAAGGAGCAGGUGGUGGAGCUGAGCCUCAAGCUAAGAGGAGAAACCUACAACGAUGCCCUGAGGGACCCCAGCAGCUUCCAAUACCAGCAGCUGGCCAAGAGCUUCACCCGCAGGAUCGAAGAGGUCUUCGAGAGGCUCCCGGGAUUCAAGACUGUCUUUGUGGUGGAAUUCAGGCCUCAGAAGGACCUCGACAGGGGCCUGGUGGUUCUGGUCCACUACGUCGUCACCCUGGAGGUGAACAGCGACAGCGGAGUCGCCAACGACACGCUGGACUUUAUCGCUCUUCAGAACAACCUGGUGGAGAAGAAUUACCCAGGAGCCGCCGAGCAGCCCACCGUGGUCUACACCAUCACCGACUUCCGCAACUACAUCACAGAGGCUCUGCACAAGGACCUCAUGAGCAGCAGCAGCCUGGAGAUGCAGCCGGACGCCCUGCAGGUGGAAAACGCUGUGAAACCCACAAGCCGAUCGGCCGACCCCCUCAACGACAUGGACAACAUCCUCGCUGCGGAGAAGCCUCCUGACGCUCCGAGCCACGAGGUCGACCUCACCGACGUUUUGCUCAACAAAGAUGAGUUCCUCUUCGACCCCUUGGACCAGAAGGACGCUGUGUCCAGCGAAAACGACGUCCUUGUGUUUGGAGGGAGCACAAAUCCACCAGCUGCUGCAGGGUUAACCGCGAAGACCUCAGACCUGCAGAGAGAGAAGGAGGAGAGCCUUGAAGAUGAAGGCUUUCUCAUGAGUAAUGCCCCACCAGGCGGUGACAUCGUCCCUCAUGGCAACCAGGUGGAUCCUGGAGGAUCUUCUGAUCUUCUGGGACUUCACGCUGCCCCCAAGGUCCCGCUCGAAGACGGAUCGGGUUCCGGCUCCUCCGGAGAUGGGCAAGGUGCCGACCUCCAACCGUCGUUCUCCUCCAACAGCCUCCUAUAUGAGGACGAGGUCGGCGGCCCGGAGGCGUUACCGCCGCCGGACCUGGAGAGCGAGGACGAGGAGACCACUGCAGCCACCGAGAAUCAGGAUGUUCCUUCAGUUGCGUUUCAGUUCACCGUAGCUUCCCAAUUACAGACAACACCUCCUGCUUUUGAUGGACACAUUGAGGAGACAUUUUUGGACAGGGUUCUUGAGAUGCCCCACAUCAGAACAGUCCCUCAGCACUCAACCACCAAUGAAGCGCCGGUGUUCUCCCCCAAAGGAACCUUGGCUUUCGAACUUUUACCAGAGGCAUCUGGCAUCCAUGAGGACUACUUCUUGACCAGACCACACACCCUUGCGGCUCCGGUCACAGACUCUUCUGAACUUGAAACCUGGACUCAAAAGAGUCCUGUUUUUGCAGGACCAACCAAUUGGGCCCUGAAGCCUCCAGACACCACCGAAGAUGAGAAAGCUACUGAAGCACCAGUAGAACUUCCAGCUGCAACAAAAAUGGGACCGUUUAAAGUCCCGGAUCCUGAAACCACCUCAACUCGGGAGAAUCCUGUAGAAGUCCACUCAGAAUCUGACUUUGACUCCACCACCACAUUUCAGUUAUUCACUGAAACUGACCUGCUAGCAGAAACCAAAGAGGAAGAUAUGGUGGAGAUCUUGGAAGAACGAGACAUGGCCAUCACUGGACCCACCACAGAAACGGUGUCAGAGGUUGGUCUCCACGACAAGGAUCUGGUUGUGGACAAAGUGCUGGUUGUCUCGAUAACGGCUGCAGCUCCUCUCGUCUCUUCCACCCUGAAGUCGGACCACAGCGGCAGAAUGGCGCUCUCCCCUGAGAUGGACUCCCCGUUCACACGAGUGUCUGAUUCAGCACCAGAGGACGAGGGGCCGCUUUCCCACGAGCGCCUAAACCACGAUGAAGAGUUUCUAAUGAGCAGUCCGACGUCAGGUGCUCCACACCAUACAUCAUCACACCAAGGGGAUCCAAAGUCUCCAGGAGCUUCAGCUCAGGAUCAAAACGAGUUGACCACCUCCACGAAUACUUCAGAAAGUGGAUCUAGUAGCAGAGCCCUCCACACAACAUCGUCCUCGCUUCAGGAGGUCCACCACAGCCCCCCAGCUGCCGAGGUCCACGACCUUUCCAAAGUGCCGGGCAUCAACGUCAGCUUCGAUCUGUUCCAGUACGCAGGUGAGGCGGCCGAAGGUGACGGCAGCGGAUUCUCCAGUGGGGCUCAGGUGUCCGGUCCGGACGGCGUUGGCCUACCGAGCCGACCCGGCCGGGCCCUGACUGUGUUCUUUAGCCUCAGGGUGACCAACAUGGCGUUCUCCCUGGACCUCUUCAACAGGAGCUCGCCCGAGUACAAAGCCCUGGAGCACCAGUUCCUUCAGCUGCUGGUCCCACACCUUCAGUCCAACUUAAACAACUUCAAGAAUCUGGAGAUCCUCAACUUCAGGAACGGCAGCAUCGUGGUGAACAGCAGGAUGAGGUUUGGUAAGCCGGUUCCCCAAGGGGUCACCAACGUGGUGUACCUCGUCCUGGAGGACUUUGCCAACACCGCCUACCAGACCAUGAACCUGGACAUCGACAAGUACUCGCUGGACGUGGAGUCAGGUGAGCGGGCCGACCCCUGCAAGUUCCAGGCCUGUAACGACUUCUCCCGGUGCCUGGUGAACCGCUGGUCCGGGGAGGCGGAGUGCGUCUGUGCCGCCGGGUACCUGAGCGUCGACGGCCUGCCGUGCCGCAGCGUCUGCGAGCUGCAGCUCGACUUCUGCCUCAACGAUGGCAAGUGUGACAUCAUCGCUGGAAAGGGCGCCAUCUGCAGGUGCCGGGUCGGGGAGAACUGGUGGUACCGCGGCGAGCACUGCGAGGAGUUUGUGUCCGAGCUGCUGGUGGUCGGCAUCGCCGUGGCCUCGGCGGCGGGCUUUCUGGCCGUGGCGGCCGCCAUCAUCUUCUUCCUAGGGAGGGCGCUGCGGGACCAGUACGAUGGUGGAGACACAGAGGACCCUCUACGGCGAGGUGACGGCGGGGCGACGCUGGAGCGAGCCCACAAGCUCAACGGCGCCUUUGAGGGCGAGCCGGUCAGCGCCCGGUACUACCGUCGCUAUGACGACGGGCCCCGGCACAGCAGCUCCGCAGGCUCCGGAGGGCCCCUGGACCUCAGCGCUGACGAGAUCCAGCAGAUCUACCAGAACGCUGCGCUCACCAAGGAGGAGGUCCAGGAGCGUCUCAGGGUCCUCGAAUUGUGUGUCCGAGAUCAACAGUUUGCAGACUUUGUGCGACAGACUCAAGUGUUCCUGGAGAGGAGAGAAAGCUGCACCACUUAGCUGGUCCACAUCUGGUGAACCAGGUCUGCGUCCUCUACAGAUCCCUGCCUUCUACUGGACCUGUCGCCUGUCCUUCUCACCUUCACCUGUAAAUACACGCUGUUUGUUUUUUAAUGCUUCGCUCCGUGCUCACUGCUCUUCUUGGUCUCCUCUGAGAACCUCACGCUGUGGAAGGGCUCCGCGCCUCAUCUUUAGCUUCAUCUGGAGGGCUUCUGUUGGACCUGCUGCUGGAGCUCCAAACGCCUCGCUGGAGGUCUUAACACCUCACAGGAGGUUCUGGCAACUGUUGGAGGUUGGAAUCAGCACUCUUGUUCGUCAGUGCCUUCACUGCUCUGCUAGAUCCCACGCGUAGACUCUCAGAGCUUCACUUAAUAAAAACCACCAUGUUUACGUUUCAUAAAGGAUGCUGGACUGUGAGCGGAUGUAGAGAACUCUUAAAGAACUCGUGAACUAACGUAGAAGUAGAAAGAAGUAGUGUAGAACUUCUAAAGUCCUCAUGAAGAACUUCUGAAGAACCUAAGUAGAACUCGUGAAGAAGUUGUGUAGAACUACCUGUCUUCACUUCUGUAUUUCUUCACCAAUCAGAAACCUCUAAAUAUUGAAAUGUUUGGCUGAUGGUUGGAGAGAAAUUUCUCAUUUAAGUUCCAAUGCAAAGAACCUGAAAUAUUCUGGACUGUAGAUUAAAUCCAUGAUUUGUUGUUUAGAUGCUAUUUGUUAGUUUUUCUUUCCCCACCCUCUGACUGACCAGUCAGUUUAAAUCUUUGUCUGUCAUUGUUUGUUAUUUUGUUACUUUAGGUACUAAAAGUUAAAACUGUAAGUGAACUCUCAUGUUUUUAUAAAAUAAUAAAGACAAUAUUUUUUACAGAAACAUUCCAGUGCCACACAUUUAUUUAUUAGUGGUAUUACUAGAAACUCUUUUUAUGGGAGAGGCAGUAUUAGUAUAUACAUGUUGGUGACUAAACACAAGGGUUUGGCAGGAAGGGAUUAUUUGUCCCUCCAUCAUGCAAAUGUAGUAUUUAAGUAAAUAUGUAACGGAAGUACAUUAAAUCAAACCCUUGUCUCUGGUACCAGGGCUGGACUGGUCAUCUUUGGGGACCCCCGAUAGGCCCAUAAAGCAGGGACAGCGGCCCAUUGGUUCAUUUUGCAUACUGACACUGGGCUGGCCCAAUCAUCUCUUAGCAGGCUCCACCCCUCCCACUGCCCGUCAGAUGCGUCAGUGGCUCAGAGCCAGAGAGGAAUGUGUGGAUCAGGAUGGAGAAACAAAAACGUAAGAACAGGGGGGGGGUGCGGAGAAAAUGCGGGCCAAAAAAAUAAAAUCUAGAGGGGGGGGCCUCACUGCUCAUUUCCACAGAGACGACAGCUCUCAUCCGGCCCCCGCGCGCACACCGGUCUGAUGCGUCACAACUUCACAACAACCGGGAGUUUUUCGCGCGUCUUUGACUUAGCGGGCUGUGAUUGGACAUCGGGACCGGAGCUGUGCCGACCGGGACAAAUCAAAACUGCCCAUAAUUCGGAAUGUCCCGGGUAAUACGGGACGGUUGGCUACAGAAGCAGCAGGUGAACAUGGCACAUGGAGGAGGAGGAGAGGUGACUAGAGGUGACUAGAGGUGACUAGGGGUGACUAGAGGUGACUAGAGGUGACUAGGGGUGACUAGAGGUGACUAGCCACAGCGAGAGCGGUGCUUGCGGCUCGCAGGCAGCAGAGAAGAAGGUGCAGCAGAGAAGGUGCAGCAGAGGAGAAGGUGCAGCAAAGGAGAAGGUGCAGCAGGUGUCAGUGUGACAGUGAAGUCCAGGAGGGGCAGAGUGAGCAGGAGAGUGCCAUUGAAACGCAGAAUAAAAGAAAUCAUACAGGUUUGGAACAACGUGAUGGUGAGUAAAUUUUCAUUGUUGUGUGAACUAUCCCUUUAAAACAAAGUCAUCUAUACUUGUAAUUGUAAACUGGUCCAUGGCACUUACAGUAGUCCCCAGCUUUGUACGGGUUAAUGGGAACAGAACAGUAGAUGUGCACAUCUACUGGGACAAGACGAUGGUGGACUGGUUGGUGGUUGUGUCCGACCGAUUGUGGGGGGCCGGUCUGAGCAAAAAUGCCAGGGCCCUUUUUUGUCCCAGUCCCGCCCUGGUGGCUUCCACACCUUUUGAGUAAAGCUAAGACCUUGUAGUUGUAUUAUUUCGUCCAUGUUGUAGUUCUAAGUCGCAGUGGACCACAUGGAACCGGCCCAGUCAACGCAGUGGUUGUGAUGAAAGGGAAGGCUCUUGGCUCUUCCUCCUCUUAUCUCUAUUUAUUGGGACUCUUAUUGUGAAAUGUAUCAUUUACAGGGAAUACGUUCAUUACAUGGAGGCAUUCCUUUGAUUAGAUUAUAUAUGUAUAUAUUCCUAUUCAUCUCAUUCUUUGUUCGUAUCAGCACAUUUAUUUAAUGUAGUCAUGUGAGCAAUUUACAUUUUUAAAUGUUAGAAUAUUGCGAUCAAGGGGAAAAAUGUUUUCAUUUAGAUUUUUUUUUGAGUUCCCAAAUUAAUACAUAGACCAUUUAUUUUUAUUUUAGUGGAUUUCUUUUCAUUUUUUGUAUUUCUGUAUUUGAACUGAAGAUGUUCUCGCUGACAGACGAUGAGAAGAAGAAAUAUUUGUGGUUCUUUGGCUUCUAAGGGAAAAAAAGAGAGAUGGUGAACGCUUCGUUGACCUUUGAUCCUCCUUUGAGUUCAUGUUUGUUUCCAUAGCGACAUUGAUUUUUCCACAGUGUCAAACAUGUAAAAACAUGUAGAUACAUGGGGGCUUUUUUUUACAGUAUUGGAGAAAAGACAUGUUGCAAGUUCCAGACUUCAUAGUGAACGGGUCACAGGUACCCGUGUUGCGCCCUCAGGUAUAACCAGUACACCAGCUUCACCACUAGGCGGCAGCAGCGCGAUUCGAAUGGUGGUGGCUUGGAGCCGGCUCGGUCCGGUUCUGAGCAGGGGAGAACGUCGACAGUUGGCGCUGUGGUGCUGAUGAGUGUGUUUUUGUGUCUUGCAGUCACCUGCAUUGAAUAAAUAAAAAGUGGAUCAAUCCGACCUGCCAUCUUUGAGGGUGUUACACGACAAAAAGGGGUCACGCAAGAAUCCCAGGUGGAGUAGUCAGGUGAACAGGGUUGGGACCGGCCAAUCAGCAGCAGUCACACAAGAAAGUGAGGGACUGAUGAGGCAAUGGGCUGCAGGUGAGAAGGACCUGAGGACCAGGUGACGGCAAUGAGAGAUCAUCCAGAAUGAAAGAGUUCAUUAAACAAGCAGACGGGAUUAAAACUACUAAAACGGAGGUCAUUUGAUGCCGGACUGAGUCCACGAUGACGACUCUUUACCUUUGAGCCUCAUCUGCUGAGAAUUCCAACUUUCCCACAAUGCCUUUGGACCCCAUAAUGUGGGGUCAGUGGGUCUGUUGACCAGAACUUGGUCCAGGUUCUGGCAGUGUUUGUGGGUUCUUGAUUCUAGCUAAAGGCUAACUGCUGACCGCUACUUACCAGGUGUUCACUCACCUGAGCUCAAGGUAACACAUUUUUCCCUUUCUAUUCUUAGGGGUCAAGUCUUAUUAACUUCAUUAUGUUUAUAUUGAAUGUGUGUAUUUAAUGUGUGCUCAACAUGCUAACAGCAAGUAAGCUAGCUAACAGUAUAAAGUGAUCCACAUGUCGCUGAGCUCUUGCUGGUUUUGGGGGUUUUCCUGUCUUCAGGCCUCAGAGUCGUCUUCUCCACAUUCCACACCCAGAAAGGGGGGGGUGGUAUGGGGGGGGCUGACUGUUCAUCAAAAACCAACAUCUGCGAAUGCUUUCUUGAAACGAGAUGCUACACGUGUUCUCAUAGAUCUGUAGAUAUUGGUCAAACUAUGAGUCUAUUAAAGUCAGAAAUAAUUUAAAUGUAUUAAUAUUAUACAGGAGUAUCACAGUUGCCGACUAAUAUUAUAGAAUGAAUUACCAGCAGUAUUGAAGGAAUACAAAGUCAUGUUAUCAUAGAUUAAGCUGUUUGUAGGUACUAAUGAUACUAGAGGUAAAUGCAGCUCAGGUAUCCAGUAUUGUUUGUAGUGUUAUAGAUGUGUAAAAGCUAGCUAGUUCUAAAAUACUACUACCGCAUGCGUUUAUUACAUAUGAGAGGUAUAUUUACAUAACUAAUGUUAUUGGAGCUAACGUAUCCUCACUGUCUCUGAUGUGUUAGAACGUUGCAUCAGGAAACAUUUAUUUAUUGACUAUGUCAGACAUACAAGGACUUUUAGACAAGACAACUAACCCUAAAAUAUAAUGAAAUAUGAUGCUAAUAGGUUAGUCAUCUAAAGCUAUGGCUUAGUUUUAAAAUAAAGGAAUAAGAGUUAAGUAAAAAAAUAAAAUUAAAAGUAAAGUGCACCAGCAAACAGAAAGUGAAGUCAGUGGGGGACCCGAGUUCUGAUGACUCCUGACGGCAUGAGGUCCUGGUCCUGAUGGACCUCAGCCUCCUGCCAGAUGAAAGGGACACAAACAGGUUUUGUCGGGGGGUGAGAGGGGAGCAGCAGGAGGAGCAGGAGGAGGAGCAGAGGAUGGACUCCAUGAUGGCUGUGUAGAAGUGCACCAUCAUCAUCUUUGGCAGGUUGAAUUUCUUCAGGAAGAACAUCCUCUGCUGAGUCUUCUCGGUGAUGGAGCUGAUGUUCAGCUCCCACUUGAGGUCCUGGUGAUGAUGGAGCCCAGGAAACGGAAGGAGUCCACCGUGGUGACGGGGGAGUCACACAAGGUGGUCAGACUCCCACCUGCAGGCGGACUCGUCCCCACCAGAGAUCAGUCCAAUGAGGGUGGUGUCAUCAGCAAACAGGAGCUUGACGGACUG